AUGCGCUUUCCAUGCGGACUCACGCAUCGCACUUCCUGGCAUGUGUGCAUGGAGUCAAUGCUCAAUGUAUUGGUCUUUGCGCUGUGCUGCUUCCUGCUUGGUCAUGCCGCCGAGCUGGAGACGAAGCCAGCGGCUGAAUUAGUCCAAGCUGAACCCGUUGCUACCACCAAAUUAACGCCCAGCGUCGAGGAGCCAAAGAGCAAAACCGAAAAACGCGAUUCCUCGGAUCAGACAGCUUCCGUUUAUACAAGCAAAGCAGCCAAGGAGACGGCCUUUCGACCCAUUUACCCAUCGGCCGCCUACUAUGAGGCCGCCGAGAGUGGGCCAAUCUUUGAGCCCACGACAGUGCGCUACACGGCAGCCGAUGCAGCACCACAGAGCUACUACGAUAAGCCGGACAUACGGUAUGUGCCGCCCACAGCCGUGGAGCAGAAGGGUAGCUUGCCAGGUCCAUUGCAAUUUGCACCACAGCAGCAGCAACAGCAACAGCAGCAGCAGCAGCAAAUUCCGCAUCGAUUUAGAUUCGCUGUGCCGCCGCAAGUGGAGCUGUAUCAGCGAACAGCGAAUGCCAAAGCGCCGCAGAGUCCAAGCUACAGCUAUGUGGAGGCAGAGCCAAGCAUUUAUGAGCGCGCUGGGCCACAACAAUAUCAAUAUGCAGCAACCGCUGCACCGCAGCAGCAUUUACCACUGUCCGGGCAUCGCAUACAGUAUAUUAUCGCCAUACCGCUUUCCUAUAUGCGGCAGCUGCAGCAGCAAUUGAGCGCCGGCCUGUUGCCAGUGGCGCCUAGCACCGCGGCCAGCAGCACCAGUCCCAGCAGCAGCACCACCACCACCACCAGCACCACCAGCAGCACAACAGCGCCGCCAGCAACAGUUGCCUCCGCUGCCAGCCAGCCCAUCAUGCAGCUACUCGGGCCAUUGGCACGCGACCAUCAAGGCAUCUACAGACCAUAUUAUCAGUCGGACUUAGUUAGUGCUCCCUCGGCAGUGCCCACCCCAAUUGCCGCCUAUGGGCAGCAUUAUUUACAGAUACCUGCCAACGUAUUGCUGGCUGCUGCACAGCAGCUUCAACAACAGCAGCAGCAGCAGCAGCAGCAGCAGCAACACCAACUGCAAACUAUUUAUCCGAAGGCAGCUCCAACAACGGCUGCUCUCUAUCAGCCCAUCAUUUAUCAGCAGCCGAAGCUGGGACCUCUGCACCAGCCCCCACAUCAGGCCCAGCCCCAGCUGCACCUGCAGCGCAUCUAUCAGCAGACCCCAGCGACCUAUGUCGAGCAGCCGGCGGGCCAGCAACACUCUUUAUAUGCACUGCACGGCCAACAGCAGCAGCAGCAGCAGCAGCAGCAGCAGCCCAUUGUCCACUACAAUCCAAUUUAUGUACAGGCGCCAGCCGAACACCAACAUCAGCAGCAGCAGCAGCAACAUCAAUUUGCAAUAUUGCCACGUUUUAGCAAUAAUAACCCAAAGGCGACAUACAAUCUAGGACAUGAAUCAACGCCGCCAAUUCAUGUUCCAGCCGUAAUACCAUAUUUUAGCCAUCCGGGCGCUGUGCAUUAUGGCACGCAUUUAUAUCAUCCGGCCUCGGCAGCAGCAGUCAGCACAAAGCAACAGCAGCAGCAGCUGCAGCAGCGACUGGCAGCGGCACCAACCGCAACAAGUGGAAGACUGGCAGGUGACACUGGCGCAGGUGCUGCUGCCAACAAGCAGGCAACGGCCGCUGCGAAUAUUGUGAAAUAUCCCGAAGCGACAUCAAAGGCGGCAGCAGCAGUCCCUCAUUUAUGA